UGUUUUGAUACUUUUUCCUAGGUCUCCACCAACGGACCUUUCUGCUGGGAUGUCUGUGCUCGAUCAAUCUGUCCUACCACAGUCGUCAUCAUUUGUAUUCCGACCUAACCCAUGUCCCACCAGCUUCAACAAUAAUGUUUCUUCUCCUGUGUGUCAUAAUCAGAACAUGAUCUCAUUCAGAACAAGUGUAUCCAACUCUAUUACCAACACAGUGACUAUUCGCCAUGACACGGCUACCUCAAACUCUUCCUCAGGUUCAACACCUCCAUUCAAUGGCCUUCAAGUCCUUGGUCAUUCCCACUCUUCAAGAUCCAGUGGCCAAAGGCACAUCAUUCCAGAAGCCUCUAAUAACAUUGUUUCCAACGUGACAAUGGGACGAUAUGUGAAUGGCGACUUGAUGGGCAGUCGCAUCGGAUUGGCACUUUUUGGCAUUUGCAGUGGCAACAGAGCUUUGUUUAAAAGUAUUCAAGAGGAGAGUGGCUGCACCUUGCUUUACAUUGUAGAGGACUGCAUUCAGGAUCUGGAAAGUGCCUUCAGUGCGGAUGUUCUUGCGAAUACCAGGGUGUUACGUGGGCAGGAUGCGGACAUUGUGCUCAAUGACCAAUGUGUCUCAGGAGUCGUUAUUUGCUCGCUGGCAGAGGAAGGCUCGGAAGUUGUUUUGGAUGCUUUACGCGCAGGUAAAGGAGUAUUAUGUGAAAAGCUGCUGAGUUUAGACAAACAGAUUGCUGAAUCAUGCUUUGAUGAAGCUGCAAGAGUUGGAAAACCACUGGUCUGUGGACUAUAUAAACGUUUUGAUCCUGCUGUCCAGUUCUUGUACAAAAAGGUUCAUAACAAGGCUCUGGGAAGGAUUCAGCGAAUUGUCAGUGUCAGUAAGACGUAUCCUUCUCCAUCUUUAAGCUAUAUUAAAAAGACAGGUGGAAUAUUCUACGAAGGCGUGGUACAUGACUUAGAUACUGUCUGCUGGAUACUUGGAGAAAAUGCUCCAGAUACCAUAUUCUCCUUGGGCCAUGCAUUCUGCCAAGAAAUUGCAGCCCUUAAGGAUGCUGAUGCUGUCUCCGUUAGUAUGAAAUUUGCCAGUGGGGCUAUAGUGACGCUGGAUGUCAGCCAGCACUGUACACUGAGCAGUGACCAGAGACUGGAGGUUCAUGGCUCAGAAGGAACGCUAAAGAUGGAAAAUCAGAAUGCUUUGGGAAUAACUGAACAGGGCACCGCCAGGCCAGUCUGCUCCCACUUGCAUAGUGACCGCUACAAAGAUGCACACAGAGAGCUGCUGAAACACUUCCUCAAGACUCUGAGUGGGAAGGAACAGCCCUUUAUCACGAAGGAGAACUUUCUGUGGACGAUUCAGGUUGCUGCAGCCGCAGAACAGUCAUGGAGGAAUGGGUCGGCAGUGGACCUGCGGAAUGAACCACUCGACGGCACUGUUAUUAAAACAGAAGUGCCCUGAUAAAGACAUGCAUGGCCCUGUUUAAUCACAUGUAGCAGUAAUGCGCAGAGGGGAAAUGUUCUGCAUACCAUUUGUAUUUUGACAGACAGAAAACAGAUACUUGUAAAGGAAUAAUUUUAUUGAAAGUAGGACUAGAAUGGUAGAAAAUGUACUAGUCUAUUGUGAGGAGAGGGUUGGAGGAGCAAAUUAACCCAUUGAAGGGUCCACUUCUAUGUGCUACUGAGAAGCUGAUGCCUCGCCUGUAAUUGGCAUACCUUAAUGUCAACUGUUCAGAGGGAGAAACAGGUUCCUGCACACAGAAAUAUUUGUAAGUAUCUGGCAUAAGAACCAGGAAAAACCUGCCGCGCUCCCUUCCUACAUGCAGCACUGUCCGUUUCAUGUCCUGUGGCCUAUAAAAGUGUUGAACUCUUGAACCACAUGGGUAAAGCAUGAAUUAAAUUUGGUGUACGUGAGACUCUCUCAAUAGUGUAUCAGGAGUGCGAAGGCUCAGGUUUAAUGUGUAUUUUUCAGACCACUCUGAGGCGUGAGUUUUCUGUGUGUGAACUGAAAGAAUAUGUCCAACACAUUUCAUGGCUCAUUGGCUGUGGAUCAGCACCAGCACGUGUAACUAAUGUGGGUCAGAUUGCAUAUGGACGUGGUCAUUUUGUUGUUCUCUAUGUAACAUACCUUGGUUUGAUUCUUCGUUACAGUCAUUUAAUUUUAUUGAAUGUGUGCUGUAGUUUCAAAUAAGUUAUUUAGGAACAUGUGCUUUUAAAUUUGCAAUAAUUGGAGAAUUUCAGAUUGCUAAUAAAUAUGAUACUCACUAGAUCCAUUUUGAUAGUGAAGAAGCAACAAUGUAGAGUUGGGGUGAUGAACAGUUUGAAAGCCACCCCUUUUGUAAUAGAUUAGUCCAUUUUUAUUUUUUUAAAUGUAAACAUUUUAAUGGAUGUAAUUAUGUGCACUGCUUUCUCUUGUUUUUUGACAGCCGUAUACUGAAAUGCAUAUAAUGUCACUGUUUUGGCAAUGCAUUGAGUAUUAAUUUCACCUAUCAUAUUAGAUCACCAUUCAUAUGGUUCAUGUGGCAGAGGGGAGGGAAAAGGAAAGUCCACAUUUUCUGGCUAAGGUUUAUUGCAACAACAACCAAGUUUCUGUUCAAGUGGAGAAAAGCUGACCACACAUCAGCAUUUAAUCCUAACAAAGGAAAACUGAAGGUUGCACAAACGGAAGGUGAGGAGUGUGUGUCUUCUCCACAACACGUCACAGAUCUGCUUUGAGUUUUCAGUGUGUGAGUUAAAUGAAACAAGGAGGAAAUAGUGGAGGCCUUGAUUAGAAUGUGUUAUCCCUCUCCGGCUGCAGGGGUGAUUGGAUAAUUGCUAAGGGACUGUUCUUUAAUAAGUAAUUACAGGCAAGUUAGUGGUGUGAAAAUCCAUUUCAAGGAAUGGUAACACUGACACAUUAUUUAGGGACAUUUGACAUGCAGUUUUUAUCGCAAGCUCAUGUCUGACUAAAGUAAU